ACACUGUUUGGAUAUCUCUGCUUUCACAGUGCAUAGGCACUUGUAGCAUCAUUAAUCUAGCUUGAUUAAAUAAGUAGCUAAGUUAGUUAGUUAAAGUGCACUUCAUCGUAACACAGACAUACACACACGUUGGCGCAGCGCUGUAUUCGUUCUCUGCUUGAAGCAAGAUGAGUGGCGGGUUAGCACCGAGCAAGAGCACUGUUUAUGUUUCCAAUCUGCCAUUUUCUCUGACUAAUAACGACCUGCAUAAGUUGUGCACCAAAUAUGGAAAAGUUGUGAAGGUGACUGUUGUUAAAGAUAAACACACACGGAUGAGCAAAGGUGUUGCAUUCGUGCUGUUCCUUGACAGAGAGUCAGCCCACAACUGUUCUCGAGCACUAAACAACAAACAGUUGUUUGGCAGGACAGUGAAGGCCAGCAUUGCUAUUGAUAAUGGAAGAGCUGCUGAGUUUAUCCGGAGGAGAAACUACUCAGACAAGUCUAGGUGUUAUGAGUGUGGUGAAGAUGGUCACUUAAGCUAUGCCUGCCCAAAGAAUUUGCUUGGAGAAAGAGAACCUCCACCAAAAAAGGAAAAGAAAAAGAAGAAAAAGACAAAACAACCUGAAGAAGUUGAGCCUGAAGACAGCGCAGAUGAGGGAGAAGACCCUGCACUCGACAGUUUGAGUCAGGCAAUCGCUUUCCAGCAAGCUCACAUGGAAGAGGAAGAGAAACGAAGAAAACAAGCCACAGAAGACUCAGCCCAGGCCUCCACAUCAGAUAACUCGCAUAAACCCAGGAUCAAAAAGAGCGCCUACUUCAGCGACGAGGAGGAGCUCAGUGACUGAUAAAUAUUCUGAAGUUCUUAAGGCAUACCUUAUUUGCAAAUCAGUGAGCUUUUACAUCAAACAACAUUUCUGAAGGGCUUCCUCAAAGGCUUAUCAUCAAGGAAAUGGAGGUGAAAUAUCUUUACAUUUAAUAAAGUUCCUUUACUUUGCAGCAAAAGUCCUUAGUUACUGAUUCCAUGUUCAAAACACUUCAACUUGAUGUGUGAAGCUGUAAAAUGGUAUUUAGAUAAAUUAUUGAUUUCAUCAUCACCUGUGUAAGGAUAUAUAUAUAUUUUUUUUUUCGUUCUCUGAUAUGUUGUAAAUAUAGUUUAGUUGAAUGUGGAUUAUAUGCUGUAAUUUUAGUAAAUAAACCUUUUUAUUUUUUGGAUCUUAA